AUGGAUAAUGUGUUUAUUCUCAAUAAUGUAAGGAAGGGGAGCCUGAAGGUGACCAUUACUCCGGCACAGCAUAAGACUCUCACCCAUUUGCCAAAGCGGCCGCCAGUGGAUCUGGCUUUCACCGAUUUGAUGUACAGGGUGCAUGAAGGAAGAAAAAGCAAUGAGAAGAUAAUCCUGAAAUCUGUAUCCGGCCGGUUGCGGUCCGGCGAGCUUACGGCCAUCAUGGGCCCGUCCGGCGCCGGCAAAUCAACGCUCCUCAACAUUCUCACCGGAUAUAAGACUUCAGGAAUGGAAGGUAGUAUCACAGUAAACGGCAUGGAGCGCAACCUGUCCAGUUUCCGCAAGCUGUCGUGUUACAUCAUGCAGGACAACCAGUUGCACGGGAACCUUACUGUCGAAGAGGCGAUGUCUGUUGCCACCGCGCUCAAACUGCCAAGUGCUACAACUAGAGGUGAUAAGGAAGAAGUGAUUCAAGAAAUUCUGGAAACCCUUGGCCUGUCAGAGCAUCACAAAACGAUGACGUCGAAUCUCUCUGGUGGUCAGAAGAAGCGUCUCUCCAUAGCCUUGGAGCUCGUCAACAACCCACCUAUCAUGUUCUUUGACGAGCCCACCUCAGGGCUGGAUAGUUCCUCAUGUUUCCAAUGCAUCUCUCUACUGAAGACCUUGGCUAGAGGCGGACGAACUAUCAUUUGCACUAUCCACCAACCCUCGGCCAGAUUGUUCGAGAUGUUCGAUCAUCUGUACACAUUGGCAGAUGGUCAGUGCGUUUAUCAAGGAAACACGGGGAGACUGGUGGAAUGGCUGGGCAGCUUGGGUCUGCAGUGUCCCUCGUACCACAACCCGGCGUCGUUCAUCAUCGAGGUGUCGUGUGGCGAGUACGGCGACAACACCGGGAAACUGGUGCGUGCGAUUGACAACGGGAAGAACGACAUCAGAAACGGCAUGCCCUUCCCUGAAGCGAAGGUGCCGGACUUCAAUAACAGGAGGGAUAUGGAGGUGUCGCUAAAAUCCGCCUCGCAGUGGAACAAGAACGACCUGUCCCAAGUCCAGGAGAAGUUCAGCGACGGACCCGCAAAGGAGGCGAACGGCACCGGCAACUUGCAGAACGGACUCCUCCAGUAUGCAGCUAAGGAAAUCGCCAAAGGGAAAGGAGAACCGUUGGUAGUACAAAUAGACGGCGAGAAACAAGACAACGUAGAAGAAGCGCUCUUAGGAGAUGUGGUCUCUCCGCGUCGCUACGCCACUUCUGAGCUUACGCAGUUCUGGGUUGUGCUUAAGAGAACUUUACUCUUCAGCAGGAGGGAUUGGACACUGAUGUACCUGCGUCUCUUCGCCCACAUCCUGGUCGGGUUCCUGAUCGGCGCGCUUUAUUAUGACAUCGGAGACGACGGAUCCAAGGUGCUCUCGAACCUCGGCUUCCUCUUCUUCAACAUGUUGUUCCUCAUGUACACGUCCAUGACCAUCACGAUCCUCAGCUUUCCCUUGGAGAUGCCGGUAUUGGUAAAGGAGCACUUCAACCGAUGGUAUUCCCUGCGCUCGUACUAUCUGGCGAUCACAGUGUCCGACAUACCGUUCCAGGCGAUAUUCUGCGUAAUCUACGUGGUGAUCGUGUACUUGCUGACGUCGCAGCCGCUGGAGUGGUUCCGCUUCGCCAUGUUCCUGACAUCGUGCCUGCUCAUCUCCUUCGUGGCGCAGAGCGUCGGCCUCGUGGUUGGCGCCGCCAUGAAUGUGCAGAACGGAGUGUUCCUGGCGCCGGUGAUGUCUGUGCCGUUCCUGCUGUUCAGCGGUUUCUUCGUGUCGUUCAACGCGAUCCCGGUGUACCUGCGCUGGAUCACAUACCUCUCCUACAUCCGCUACGGCUUCGAGGGCACCGCGUUGGCUACAUACUCUUUCAACCGCACCAAGUUGCAGUGCCAUCAGAUUUACUGCCACUUCAAAAACCCAAAUACAACUCUGGAAGAGCUGGACAUGCAGGAUGCGGACAUUACUUUAGACAUUGCAGCCUUGUGUCUCAUUUUCAUCAUUCUUCGUGUAUCCGCUUUCUUAUUCCUUCGCUGGAAACUCAGAUCAACCAGAUAA